AUGGCCCCAUCAAAAGAGUCCACCUCAGAGGCCCAGGCAUCAAAAAGACGUCGUGUAGCCGUCGCCUGCGAUGCGUGUCGGACCCGGAAAUCCAGAUGUGACGGCCUGCGGCCUCGCUGCUCGCUGUGCGCCGACCUGGGCUUUGAAUGUAUGUAUACGCCCCCCGCGACGGCAACGAAUGUAAUCGUGCAGAAGGAGUACCUACACGGCUUAGAAGAUCGCGUUAAGAGACUUGAGGAUUGCUUCAGGACUGUGAGAAGUGAUGUUGAUGGGUUGACCGUUCGUGUUGAUCGGGGGCCGGAGGCACGUGAAGGGGUUCGUGGGGAGGUGCGAGAUGCAAUUCAUGUUUCUGAUCUUGUUGGGCACGAGGACUCUGUUGAUGCGAUGGGGGCGAUUUCUUUUGCUGAUGAGGAGGAUUCGGGAUUCUUUGGUCCAUCUUCUAAUAUCGCUUUCUUGAGACAUUUGUCCAGUGCAGUUGUCCAGAAAGGGUACUCUCUGUCCCCCGGGACUGCGGAUGGUGGCUUUAUAAGCGUUUCAAAACCGUCAACACUGCGCCAACCUGCACAAGAGAAGGUCAAUAUUUUCGCACUGCCCUCUCAAUCAGAGACACUGGCUUUGAUAAACCUCUAUUUCUCAGAAACGGGUUUACUUUACCCGUAUAUCUUUCCCCAGACUUUCUUGGCUACCUACCACCGCAUGGCACGGGAGAACUUUACUGGGGUUCGGAAAAGCUGGCUUGGUCUUUUGAAUAUGAUCUUGGCUAUGGCUACUAUCACUGCUGAGUCGAAUGGUGCCAGUGCGGAUACGCGUAUUGCUGAAUCGGAUGUUUUCUAUCAGCGUGGCCUUGGUCUUUGUGGUAGUGAGCUGUGGCGUGGUACCACUUUGGAACUUGUUCAAUUUCAUCUUCUGACGGGUCAGUACUUGCAAGGUACUCAAAAGUCUGUGCAAGUAUGGAACGUCCAUGGACUAGCUGUGAAAGGUGCUUUACAGCUUGGACUUCACUCUCAACACGCAUCUCGAACAUUCGAUCCCUUAGAACAGGAGUCUCGAAAGCGAACUUGGUACUGUUGUGUUAUGCUGGAUAGAACUCUGAGCAUGACUUUUGGCCGACCGGCCGCCAUUCCAGAUAGCUAUGUUAAGCUCGAUCUUCCUUCGGUGCACCAAUUUGAGUCAUCUUCAGCCGUCGUGGAUACCGAGACAUCCAGUCUCAGCGUCUCUUUCUUCAACUCGACCAUUACCUUAUACAAAAAUCUCUGGAAAGUCCUCGACUCUCUAUAUGGCCAAAACAUCGGCUGCGAAGACCCGCUAUCCGUCAGCGAAACAGUGUCCCACGUCUUCGCUAUAGAACAAAAUCUCUUUUCCUGGGAGAGAUCACUCCCCAUUUCAUUACAACUAAUUACAAAAGCCAACUUGGACGAAAUGUCUCAAGAAAAUGUAUCCGGCAAUCAGUCUUUCUCCUGGAAAUUCCGUGUGAUCUUGACAUUACGUUAUCUUAAUCUACGAGUCCUGCUCCACAGACCCGUUCUCGUCAAAUUCAUUAAUGCAAGCCGAGCCCCCGAUCGUGAUCUUGAAGAUUUGAAACUUUUACAGCGAAUCGGAAUGAACAGCAUGGCUAUAUGCACGAUGUCUGCUAUGGAGAUCAUCAAUAUCAUCUUCCGGAUUGUCUCCGAUCCGAAAUGGAAACAAAGCUUGUUGGGUGCAUAUUGGUACUCGCUUUACUACACUUUCAAUGCCGCAUUAGUGAUCCUCGGCGCUAUCUGGGUAUACCGGGAUACAAACGUAACUGGUUCAUCAAUGCUCAACGAAGCAAGAGAAUUAAAAGAGUACCCCAGUCGCGCAAUCACAGCUCUUUCAAAACUCGAUAAAGGAAAUCGGUUGAUCGAUCGAUGUCGAAGUUUCUUGGAACAUUUUAAUAACGUCUUAGCUGAUCCUGAUACCGAAGGCCCGGCUCCUUCUCUCCCGUCUCUGGCUAUCAACCGUGACGAACUACAAGCUGCAGACUUUGAUUUCUCACCUUUUGGGAUGGAACUAGGCGAGUUCAUGAUGGAUGAUGAUUUUGUUGCGAUGAUUGAAAGACAAGGGUUGUCGGGAUCAGGGUUUGACUGA